UAAUUCAUAACUUAGGAAUUAAAUUUUUUUGAAGAAUUAAACUUUCGUUGUAGUUAACAUAAGGUACUAAUUAUAUGUACCCGUCACAUUAAUAAUAGAUAAAAGAUCAAAGUUGAAUAUGUUACUAGUGGUAGCAUAGAUAAUCAAUAGAAAUUAAAUGUACAUACUUUUUUUUGACAAUUAAUUUUUGAAAAUGGGUAAUCGAUCAUCAUUACUUUUGCGUAAAGAAGAAAUUGCUCAAAUUAGGAAUGAAACUGGAUUUACUGCAAACCAGAUAGAACGGCUUUACAGUAGAUUCACCAGUUUAGAUAGAGGUGAUUUGGGUACACUAAGCAGGGAAGAUUUAUUGCGCAUACCCGAAUUAGCUAUAAAUCCAUUGGGAGAAAGAAUAGUUGAUUUAUUUCACAUGGAUUCUGGAAAUAAUUGUGAUCGUAUAAAUUUUUUACAAUUCAUGAGAGUGCUAUCAAAAUUUAGACCAAUUCGACCAAACAAAGAAAACAAUAGAAUGGAAAAAGUAAAAUUUGCUUUUGAUAUGUAUGAUAUUGACAAUGACGGUUUGAUAUCUAAAGAUGAGUUAUUAGUUAUUUUACAUAUGAUGGUAGGCGCCAAUAUCAGUGAAGAACAGUUGUCUAUAAUAGCAGAUAAAACCAUUUCUGAAGCAGACAUAAAUGGAGAUGGUUUAAUUUCAUUUGAAGAAUUCAGUAAAACUUUUGAAAAGUCUGAUAUUGAACAUAAAAUGUCAAUUCGGUUUUUGAAUUAAUAUUUUUAACUGAUAUUUAUUAUAAACAAAGCAUUCCCUCAUAUAUUUUUUUAUAUAACUAGAAA